GUGUGGAUGAGGUCACCAUCAUCAACAUCCUGACAAACCGCAGCAAUGAACAGAGGCAGGAUAUUGCUUUUGCCUAUCAGAGGAGAACCAAAAAGGAACUCUCUGCAGCGCUGAAGUCUGCUCUGUCAGGUCAUUUGGAGGCAGUGAUCUUGGGCUUGCUGAAGACACCGGCACAGUAUGAUGCCUCUGAAUUGAAAGCUGCCAUGAAGGGUCUGGGAACUGAUGAAGACACACUCAUUGAAAUCAUCUGCUCGCGAACAAAUCAGGAGCUUAGUGAAAUCAACAGAGUCUACAGGGAAAUGUACAAGACAGAACUGGAAAAGGACAUUAUAUCAGACACAUCUGGUGACUUCCGCAAGCUAAUGGUUGCCCUCGCCAAGGGCAAAAGGUGUGAAGAUACCUCUGUGAUUGAUUAUGAGCUGAUUGAUCAAGAUGCUAGGGAGCUCUAUGAUGCUGGUGUGAAGAGAAAGGGAACCGAUGUCCCCAAGUGGAUCAACAUUAUGACUGAAAGAAGUGUCCCUCACCUGCAGAAAGUGUUUGACAGGUACAAGAGCUACAGCCCAUAUGAUAUGUUGGAGAGCAUCAAGAAGGAAGUUAAAGGAGAUUUGGAGAAUGCCUUCCUUAAUCUUGUCCAGUGCAUUCAGAACAAGCAGCUGUAUUUUGCGGACAGACUGUAUGAUUCCAUGAAGGGCAAGGGAACCCGCGACAAGGUUCUGAUCAGGAUUAUGGUUUCCCGCUGUGAGGUUGACAUGCUGAAAAUUAAGAGUGAAUUCAAGAGGAAAUACGGAAAAUCUCUUUAUUAUUUCAUCCAGCAAGACACAAAAGGGGAUUACCAGAGGGCACUGCUGAACUUGUGUGGCGGAGAGGACUAAAAACUGUGAUGGAAGAAACUCGAAUCCAGACAUGCCUUUUUUGCUCUUCGUUUUACUGUAAUCGUAGAAAAAAAUUGACUUACCUAGCUAACCUUGGCUUGCCUUUGUAUCUGCAAGACCACCAAUGUAGUACGCUUUACGGUGGUGUGCGCACUUCUCUCAGCAGCAGUGCUCUGCUUGGCUCUGCCAAAGGUCCUAACAGCAUAUAGCCAGAGAAACUAACCUUCCAAGGAUAAAUGAGGUUACCAGUGCUUGUGAAAGACUCUGCCUCUCUGUGCGAUGUUUCUAAUAAAACAUAAAUAAAACUGAA